UCUGUUGUCAUUGACAGUAAAAGCAGAAGUUCACCAGUCCAACAUAGACUCCGAGAACAACAAGGUUAACUUCUGUUAUUAGCAAGUAAAGCAGGGUUGAAAUUAGGUUUGAGGUUCCUCAGUCAUAAAUAGACUCUGAGAACAACAAGGUUAAAUUCUGUUACCAGGAAGUGUCAGAUUUAAAAAAUGCUUUUCGGCGAAAGAUUGUGUGUCAAGUUUGGACUCUAAAUUUGAGGACAUGUUUCUGCAUGGUGAAGAUCCCAUUCUCGAUUGUCCAUCCGAUUCUGAUUGGGAGCCCCCACUGCCAAGGAGCUGGUAGCUGCUUCUGAGAUGGAACAGAUGCCAUCAGACAGCGCCAAACUCCCCAGCACCUCUUCUGGAAUGUUGACCCGGUCUGGAGAGAAGCAUCACCAUCUUGAGAGGCAGAGCGAGGUGACUAGGGCACUGGUCAUCAAGAGUUCUCCAGUUGAAUUUACACCUGAAAUUCAUGAUCAGGACAACAGGGGAGAAUACCGUUUCCAGUGCCCCAGUGCAGGUCUGUUCCAGUGCAGUAUAACAGGCCUGGUGUUCAGGAUGGAGGGAGAGGCAGAGGUGCUCUAUAGGACAGUCCCCUGGGACAGGAUGCUUCUAUCCCAGAGAGGCAAGAGACCUGCAGGUCCCCUGUUCAAGUUUACAUGCCUUAAGGGGUCUGUCAGUCAACUACACUUCCCACACUGUGAGAUUCAUUCUGAGGGUGGAUGUGACUUCCUGUCUGUAGCCCAUGUGACUGAUGAUGACAGUAUGGAGUUUCUCCAUCACCAUGAGACAAGAGAAACUCAUGUCAUAUUAAACAUCACUCAAUUCAGCAAAUAUGGCAUCACCAAGGAUAAGGAAGCUCCUGUCUCUCCUAUCCGUGCUCUGGUGCUACUAUUUUACAAAAUCCCCGAUGAUAACAAUAAUUCCAUCCUAAGUGUCUUGUUGCUGCCCAGAAAUGUUGACAUUGAUGAGGUGUGUAAGACAAGGAGGACAAGGAAUGGAGACCGAGAAAUCUACAUUGAAAUAAAUCCUAACUGUAGACUAACCCGGGACCAAGAAUACACCCUCUCCACCGAUCUAACAGAUGAACAUCACAUAGAUCCAAAGAAAGCAGAGUUUGUGGAUUAUGAUUCCUAUACAAACUACAUGCCAACAUUUCAGUUGCGUUUAAAAACUGUUGUUGAAGAAGUGAAUCUUCUUCUGAAAGAACAUGGCGGUCCUGAAAAUGAAAGUAUAUGGGACCGCCUUGUUUCACUACCAGUUACACCUCCAGAUGGUGCUAAAGCAGCAUCCAAACUGCAUGAACCUGCUGCUCCCCUUAUGGACAUUUCAACCCACCCCCCUCAAAAAGCGUCCACUCUGCCCCCCACCUCAAAGAAGCUGGUAGCCUCUACUGAGAGGGAACAGAAGCCAGCAGGGGCAAAGAGGGCCAAACUCCCCAGCACCUCUUCUGGAAUGUUGACCCGGUCUGGAGAGAAGCGUCGCAAUAUGGAAAUGAAGGGGUCUAAGGUAGUGAACAGGAGAUCAUCCAUGUUUGCGGUUCGAGACCUGCUGCUGACCAGUCUGCAGGAGCUCACUGAAGAACAGCUGAAGAUAUUUCAGUCUCACCAGACUAGUGGCAGGAUAUGUGGCUUUCCUCCCAUCCCAGAGAGUCAGCUUGAGAACACUGACAGACAGGUCACAGUGGAUCAGAUGGUGAAGAGAUACGACCCUGAGGGAGCUGUGGAGAUCACACUGAGGAUCCUGAGGGAGAUGAAUCAGCAUGAUCUCGCUAAGAAGUUACAAAGAGAUCACAGAGAUGUCCCCUCUACAGUUUCAGCGGUUUCCUCUGCAGCCCCUACUGCCAACCCCUCUACCCCCCCUGGCAGAGCCUUCGUCAGAAGACACAGGAUGGCUCUAGAGACUCGCCUGGGACUCUUACAGCCCAUAUUACUGCGUCUCCAGGAUCGUGGGGUUCUGAAUGACGAGGAGAGGGAGGAGGUGGUCAGUAAAUCCAGCAAGACCCUAGAGAAACAAGCCCUGCUGGACAUGGUGUUGAAGAAGGGGGCUCGCGCCCAGAAACACUUCUACCAGGUCCUGAAGGAAGUAGAUCCCUGCCUGGUCGAAGACCUGGAAGAGCAGACAGUCUGAGGGAUACAACAUUAUCAAGAUAUAUAUCACCACAAUACUAAUACAUGCUCUGAAAGAGACAGACAGACUGAGAGGUCACCAUGGAUACAACAGCAUCAGGAUAUAUAUCACAAUACUAAUACAUGCUCUGAAAGAGACAGAGGUAACCAUGGAUACAACCUCAGAAGAUAUCAAAACAUUUAUCAGAGACAGAGAGCAGCACUUUGAGGAGCUACUGUCUACCAGACAACCUACCUGUGUUACACUGGUACACUGGCUACAGACUACAAGAUCAGGGUUACUGUCUACCAGACAACCUACCUGUGUUACACUGGUACACUGGCUACAGACUACAAGAUCAGGGUUACUGUCUACCAGACAACCUACCUGUGUUACUCUGGUACGCUGGCUAUAGACAACAAGAUGAUUGAAUUUCUAUCUGGAACAUGGUGAAUGUUGAAUCAUCUUGGACAGGUCUCAGGAAACAACAUGUGAGACUUAACAUCUACUGACUUGUACUGGACAGCUGUACUGGCUGAACACCAGAUCUAGAUACAGUGGGGAGAACAAGGAUUUGAUACACUGCCGAUUUUGCAGGUUUUCCUACUUACAAAGCAUGUAGAGGUCUGUAAUUGUUAUCAUAG